AUGCUGCCUCAACCUGGGAACUCUAGACUUACAAAAGUAUCAAAGGGAGAGCCAAUAAUUGUACCAAAACGUAUCUUCUCUAGAGGUUUACUGCGACGUCGUCGAUUCUAUAUUAUAUUAGGGCUCUUCCUCGUAGUUCUGUACUACCUACGUAUAUUUGAAUCCUCAGUUCAGCCAUUACCCGGGUAUGAGGUGGCGUAUGAGGAAGAGAUAACACAUGCUAUGGGUGUCAAUAACAAUGACGAUGGCAUGAAGUAUCUCCACUUCAAAGUGAGCCCUUACGCAAGAGUGGACGAAGCGAUCUCGAAACUCUUUCUUCAUGCACAUUUGGCCCAUGCGACAAACCGCGUCUACGUGUUUGAUCCACUUGAACCAAAGUCCAAGGAUACCUCUUAUUGGUCUGGCAAAAAGGUUCAACCCUUGAGCUCUGUGUUAAACUUAGGAGACGGUUGGGAUACAAAAGGAGGCGUGAUUCAGCCAUUAUCUUCGCUUGGGUGGCAUCAUGUCUGCCCUCCGAGAAAGCGUAAAUACUUGCAGGUUUCGUCCGAGUACUCUGGUAAGGGAGGACCUAACCCAGCCCUAUUGAUGAAUACAUGGACCAAGAGGAUUUUGAAACAAGACGCACAGUGCAUUGAGAUUAUUGGAGAACCUUUCCCUGAAAGCUCUCUCGAAUCCAAGGCGAUCAAUGAUCUAUUUGAUAUCGUUUCUUCUUCUCCAGUCCUGAAGCAAUAUGUGUUCAGACACAAUAUUCAAGCUGCUGCAUCUAGUAUCCUGCCUACCGCGACCCAAACAAGCCUGUCGCCAACUGCGAACAAUACAGUCGUCCUUCAAUCGUAUUUGCCCCCAUCUGGGGCCGACGAUCCCUGUGCAGACCUGGCGGUCCGGGGAGCUCCAUUUCGUACGUUCGCCCACCUCAGGGGAAUUCCUACUCCCUUUGAAACUCCCGCAAGCAAGAUGCAUUACGAGCAACGCUGCAACCCUACUGUUCGAGACCUAGUUGGUAGAUUAGUUGAUGGACCACUGGGCAUGACCCCAGAACAAUGGGUCGGGCGGAAACGUUGGUUCGAGGAGCUACGGUACGAGUUGACUACCACAUAUGGAUGGGAAAGUGUUAGAUGGGCAGCGGCUGGGGCCAAAAUAGAAUCAGUAGCGAUUGACACCGAGCUUGCAACCAGAAGUCAUGCGUACUUAGGGAACGGAUUCACAGAAUUUUCGAGCAACAUAGUGCUAUUACGAGCAGCUCGAGGGAUAUCGAUGGGAAGUCUGAGCCUGAGAAUGGAUGCACCAGCCGAGGUUCACCUCCAUUCUGGAAUAGGCGGCAACUCGAGCUAUCAGUAUUCGUCCGGAGAUCCUGCCGGGGAUAACAAGACCUCAUGGAUAUAUGCACCACUUGAUUCACCAGAAACUAUAGGGUACCAGGCUGAAAAAGCUUGGUCUGGAACAACCCACGAGCCUGUUUAUCGAACUUCUCACUCCAAAACCGAUGACGGUGGCAUAGACAUGCAGCAGUCUUACCAUGAGAAAGAGUGCUGGAUCCCCGUUGACCGGCUCAUACAUAACAUCCGGUCAAUCAUGCCUAGUGCAUCGAACGUGAUGCGUUUGUUCAAGCAUGGGGAAACAAUAUGGAAUAAAUCGAGACCAGGCGCAUCAGAGUCAACCUCAGGGCCAGUCAAGGGAAAACCUCAACCUCAUAAAGGCUCCGAAACCAAGUGCCUGAAUGCCGUCUAA